CAGCCCGCAAAGUCGUGCCAAAUUUUCAAUCAUAAACUCGUGUUCACGUUUUAGUACUAAUUAUGACAUAAACGAUUAACAAUUUAACAUAAGACAAACCUCAUUUCUUCAUCAACUCCUAAAAGGUGCAAUAAAUAUCUCCAAUGAAGCGCACUAAAUCUUCGAAUUGGCAAAAGCUAAAAGCUCCACUCUCCUAAUUAACUUCAUUUUAUUCCAUGCUUCCAUCACAGAACCUUGGCAUCUCCAUAUAGAACUUCAAGGAAUAUGUUCAUUAUUAUUAAGGUUAACUAGCUAAGUACACGGUAGCAUAUCUUUGGGUUGUUGUAUUCAUUUAAAGAUAGAUAUCAAUAAUGGUAGAAGCUCAAAUUAGCAACACCUUGAGAAUAGCCCUCCUCCUAGUUAGCAGUUUAGUUUUAGCCAUUGGAACAUGCGGAAACCCUAUGGUUGUCCGGCUUUAUUUUGUCAAAGGAGGCAAAAGAAUCUGGUUUUCAAGCUUCCUACAAUCCGCCGGAUUCCCUCUUCUUCUCAUCCCACUAUGUAUCUCCUACUUCAACCGCCGACGCCGCCGCGGCACCACCGCCAACACAAAGCUCUUCCUCAUGACUUCCCGACUCUUCUUGCCAUCCAUUUUUAUCGGCUUACUCAUCGCCUUAGACAAUUAUUUCUACGCAUACGGCGUCGCAAGGCUGCCGGUUUCCACGGCCGCGAUUGUGGUGGCGUCCCAGCUGGGAUUCACCGCCAUGUUUGCUUUCCUCAUAGUGAAGCAAAAGUUCAGUGCCUAUUCGGUCAACGCUAUCGUUUUGUUGACUUUGGGUUCCGGAGUUUUGGCGUUACAUACGAGUAGUGACCGGCCAGAAGGCGAGACGACGAAAUUGUACGUUCUGGGAUUUAUCAUGACGCUGGCGGCUGCGGCUUUGUAUGGAUUGGUUAUGCCGCUGACAGAGUUGAUGUUAAUGAAAGGAAAGGCAGUUGUUACUUUGACAUUGGUCUUGGAAAUUCAGCUGGUUAUGUCCAUAUCUGCUACUAUUCUUUGUACGGUUGGGAUGCUCAUAAAUCAUGAUUUCCAGGCAAUUCCGCGAGAAGCAAGAGCAUAUGAAAUAGGAGAAGCAAAUUACUACCAAGUAGCAGUGUGGAACAGCAUAACUGGCCAAAUGUUUUUCUUGGGAGUCAUCGGAGUAAUCUCCUGUUCUUCAUCGUUGUUGUCCGGAAUCAUUAUCUCGGUUUUGCUUCCGGUAACUGAAGUUUUGGCAGUUAUUUUCUUCAACGAGAAGUUCCAAGCAGAAAAGGGCGUUGCACUUGUCUUGUCCCUUUGGGGUUUUGUUUCAUACUUUUAUGGCGAAAUCAAACAUAACAAGAAGAAGAGUAAGGAGGAACUGCCAGUGGAUGACCAGAAGAACUCUUCUCAAUCAACUGAGAUUUUGAUGGUGACUCCCAUUGUUGACCAAUAGAUUAAUCCAGAGUUGAUUAUAAAAAUCACAUGCCAAAGACUUUUACUCCCGAGUUGUACCAAACUACGAUCUAAUAAUUGUUGAAAAAGAAGUUUAUACGUUGUAAGUUUUAUUUAACUUACUCGCGAAAUGAUGAGGCAGCGCAACAUCUAGUUUUGAAUGUUGGAAUUUUCCAUCUUUUUAUUUAAAUACAUACUCUGUCACAAACAUUUUCAAAUAUUUUUUCUAAUUGAAAAAGACGAAUACAUUGG